GCGGCGGCGGCGGGACCGCGGCGCAGCCCCGGGGACACGGCUCGGCCCUCGGCAGCGCCGGCCCCGGGACGGCGGCGCCCGCGGCACCAUGGGCGGCCUGGGCCUGGCGCUGGGGAUCCUGCACUACCUGGGGCUCUACCUGCAGCUCGGCGCCGCCUCCCGGCACCCCCCGUGGGACGCCCCGGCGGCGGGCAGCGCCCUCGCUCUGUCUCCUGCAGCCCUCUUCACCGAGACCCCCCACGACAUGACAGCGCAGGCGGGCGAGGAUGUGGAGAUGGCGUGUUCCUUCCGCGGCACCGGCUCCCCCUCCUACUCCCUGGAGAUACAGUGGUGGUACGUCCGCAACCACAAGGACUGGGCAGACAAACAGACGUGGGCUUCCAACCAGCAGCUGAAAGCUUCGCCGCAGGAGGAGCCUGGGAAGGAUGCGACUAAAAUAAGCGUGGUGAAGGUGGUCGGCAGCAACAUCUCCCACAAGCUGCGCCUGUCGCGGGUGAAGCUGGAAGACGAGGGCACGUACGAGUGCCGGGUGAUCGACUCCAGCGACGGCCAGGCCCGGCACCACAAGGUGAAGGCGUACCUGCGCGUGGAGGCGCCGGGGGGCACGGGGCACCCCCAGGACACGCAGCCGCACGGAGCAGCGCUGCCGGAGCCCGGCUCGGGGCACGCUCACCACCACCACCACCACCACAAGGCCGGGAAGGAGCUGAGGAAGCGCUCGGCGGACGCCUCCUGCGCGCUGUAGGCGGGCGGUGCCGGGGGGACGCCGCAGCCCCCCCCUCACGCCCCGGACUCAGCGGAGCCCUCGGGGGUCCCGCGCCCCUGCCAGAGACUGGCCCCGCCGCCCAUCUUGCCCAUCGACCCCCUCGCCCUCCUCCUCUUCCUCCCGCCGGCCAGCACCGGGUCGGUCUCUUCCCCAGCCCCGCGGUGCAGCGGUGCCAGGGCUCGGUGCGGGAGCAGGACCGUGUCCAUGACAGGGGCAUCACCGGGGCUGGUGAUGGUCCCCAUCCCACUGGUGCCAUGUGGGGGUGCCCUGCUGUUUGCUGCCACCGCGGUGCCACCGGCCGCUUUGUGCCCCAGCUUUGGUGCCCGGUGGAACCCCUCUGCCUGUGGGACCCUCCCUGCCCUCCCUCGUGCUUCGCAGAAACCUCCUCCUGUUCCCGUAGGAGCCCUGGUUUAGUUGCUCUGCUCAGCCCCGCUCUGUGUAUAAGUUCCAGCAUCCAUCUUACAGACCACGUGAAUCACCUGCCCCUGCCCCUGCCUGCCCCAGAGCUGCCCCAGCGCAUCAAGGCUUGAGCUCAGCAGAGAAGGACGGCGCAGCAUGCUCCCGGCACGCUCCCGGCACGGCUGUGGUGCCAUGGGCUGCGCCGCGCAUUGCCCAGCCAGGCACUGCCCGCGGCCCCCAUGGGAGCUGUGCCAUGGGAGCUGGCCCCGCUUUCACACAUUGCUCCUCCCGGCCCUUUGCAUUCCAUGGAGGAAGGGGGGCUUUGGCCACGAGCCCCAUCCGCCCUCGCUCUGUCCCCACUGCCCGUGCCGGUGCCGCAUGGCUGAGCAUCCCUUCCUCCUGCGCCACAGCACCGCACUGGCCUGGGCCACAGGCUCCGCGUGGCUGCCAAUGGCACGUGGGCAAAUGCCACUGCUGGGGAUGGGGCUGUGGGGAGGGAUGGGAGGGCCCCGGUGUCCCUGCCAGGGUGCUGGGUGCUGCUCCCUGCCACACCAGACCUGCUGCAGCUAAUAAAGCUCUUUAAACGAA